UUCAACAUUUCCGCACCAGCAGCAACGAUAACAACAAAAACAACAAGUAGAUAAACGCACGCUUGCAUUAACAACAGCGGUUUACCUUUGCCACGCAUAGUUCGGUUUUUUUGUUCAAUGUGCUACUAUUGAUAAACGCAGGCGCCGUAGGGCACGCGCUCACCUAAAAACGACAGAACAACAAAAAAAAGGCGCAACGCUAGCAAACCAGGAACAACAACAACAACUGGAAAAACUUCGCCACUCCACCACAAUUUGGGGCACCCAGCAACAGCCGUAGCAACGAAACCGACCGACGCGCAAGCAACGCGCUUGAGAUAUACGAAAUAUUCAAUAUUUUUGCCGUGCUUCCCAUAUUGUUUUCCUGAUUCCCCGCGUCCCAAAAAUUUCUAUCUAGUUGGUGUGAAAAAUUAUUGUGAAAGAGCCCGCACGCAAACAUACACACAUACACACAAAAAAUAAAGUGAGCAAAAAUUGCCUGUUCUUUUUUGCUACAUUUGUUUGGUUUUCUUUUUUCCUGUGCGCUUUCGAUUUUGUGGCUAUUUGCGAAAUCGACGAGCAGCGGAGCGAGCGUCUGCGAGCAACAAAAACAACGACAAUGGGAAAUAUGUUAAUUGUUUUUAAUUUGUUUAUCUCUGUGUUGGUGUGAGGCUGCAGCAUCAGCAUCCGAUACAUAUGUGCGUACGUGUUUGUUUGUGUGCAUUUAUUGAGCGUAUGAGCGCGAGUGUGUACCAAUAAUAGUAAAGAAUUAAAGCCCAAAUCAAAAAGGCCAGCCAGUCGCCCAUAUUGUUGUUAUUGUUUUUGCUGUUGCCUCUUCUCUAUUUGUAUCUCUUGACGCAAUUAACGCGACGUGCUGUACAAUUUGUCGAACGGGCGCAACAGCACAAAGGCCUUCUGAUGAGUUUCAAUUGUUUUCAUUAAAAAAAAAAGGGAGAAAAACCAAUCGCACAACUAAUUUUUAUGCACCCCCGCAUACCAUUGACGUCGAUCAACGACACGCCCCGCUACACUUGCUUCCACACUAACAAGGGGAACAAAAACAACUGAAGGCACACGCCCCGCGUAGCGCAGUUCCAACCCCGCCCUACCUACAAAGGUCGUGGCAAUUGAAAUCCCCACAUACACAUAGCCAUGGCCUCCAACAAUUUCGGCAGCAUCGGCGGCAAUAGCGGAUCGGGAGGAGCAGCUGCAGGUGCAGCGGGCAUUGCCAGUGCCGCCAAUUCAGAUCUAUGGCGUGAAUGUGUCGCCUGGCUAACUCGCUGCAAGGUAAUUCCACCCGACCAUAAAGCUGCCCUGCCCGACGCCGAAAUUCGAAUACUGGCAAUGACGCUUCGGGAUGGCGUGCUGCUGUGCAAUUUGGUCAUUCAUCUGGAUCCCAGCAGUAUGGAGGCGCGCGAAUUCAACCGCAAGCCACAAAUGGCACAGUUCCUCUGCUGUAAGAACAUUAAAUUGUUUCUCGAUGUCUGCCACAACCAUUUUGGCAUACGCGACCAGGAUCUGUUUGAACCGACCAUGCUAUACGAUCUGACCAACUUUCAUCGUGUGCUCAUAACUCUUUCAAAACUUUCGCAAUGCCGCAAGGUGCAGCAAAUGCACCCGGAUCUGACCGGUUUCAAUCUACAACUGUCGCCCAGCGAGCGCUCUCAUUCGGAUGAGGCCAUCUACAAGGACUUGCAUUCCACUGAUAUGAAUAAGACUGGCAGCAUUGACGCUUCCGGGUCCUCUUCUACCGAGUAUUACGAUCGCACCUCCCAAAGCGGCUCGCUGUCUGUGGAGGAUGAGAACAGCGAUAUAACUAUUGAGAAUGGUACCGAAGACAUCGACGACUACAUCGAAGACUCCCUAUCGAACAUGUGUGAUACGACAAUUGACAAUGACAGUGCCGGCAUUGUCCACAUCGAAGCAACACAUUCCGUCCACCAUCAAAACAACAACAAUAACAACAACAACUGCAAGCAAACAACAGCCAGAACCAGUUGCAACUUGCGGGCUCUUUCAUUGGACAUGACACUGGACCCAGAAGACGGUGGGGGUAGCACUUCGGUCGCAGUUACGCCCACCCCUGAGAGCGCUGCGAACCACUCCAGCUCCAAGGAGUUACCGCCCAAAAAUGUUCUGCCGUCGCGAACCAGCUCAGGAUCUUCAGGAGCAGCUGGUGGCAGUGGCAGUGGCAGUGGCGGCACGCAUGCCCCGACAAUGCGCCAUGUGUCCAGUUCCUCAUCUACAUCGUCGCUGUUUGUGAGUGAAAGCCAACGGUUGCAGCGCGCCGCCGCUGCUGUCUACAAUUACCGCUCCUCGACGGCCGCAGACCACGAGUACGCAUACAUCAAUGACAUUUACAGUGAAGAUGAUGAGAAAGUCUACGAGGACUUAUGCUACGUCACGUUCCAGUCCAAAGACAAACCAGAGGUUACCACCGACAAUAUUGCAUGCAAUGGAACCGUUUAUGAUCACACCAACACUAAAGAAGAGGAGGUCUACCAAGACUUGUGCGCAUUGCACAGAACGAAUAGAAGCCAGACUACAUCGGCAACUAGUUUUGAGCAACGUGACUAUGUUAUACGCGAACUCGUUGAUACGGAGUCAAAUUAUCUGGAUGUGCUGAAUGCCCUAAAGGCAAAAUUUAUGGCCCCUCUGGAGCGUCAUCUGAAUCCGGAUGAAUUAAAACAAAUAUUUCCACGAAUUCGGGAGUUGGCCGAUAUACACACCAAAUUUCUGGACAAGUUGCGCGAAUCCUUGCUGCCCAACACCGAGCUGAAGAUGGGCCAAGUAUUUCUGAAUUUUCGCGAACCAUUUCUGAUUUAUGGCGAAUAUUGUUCAUGUCUGCUUAAUGCCAUUGACUAUCUGGCCGAUGUGUGUAAAAAGAAUUUGAUCAUCGAUCAGUUGGUGCAGAAAUGCGAACGGGACUACAAUGUGGGAAAAUUGCAGCUGCGUGACAUUUUGUCAGUGCCCAUGCAGCGCAUACUCAAGUAUCAUUUGUUGCUGGACAAACUGGUCAAAGAAACGUCCCCUGCACACGAUGAUUAUCGUUCCCUAGAACGCGCCAAAGACGCCAUGAUCGAUGUCUCGCAAUAUAUAAAUGAAGUAAAGCGUGACUCCGAUCAUUUGGUCAUUAUACAGAAAGUCAAGGACAGCAUUAAUGACCUGCACUUGCUACAGAAUGGCAACGACCUUAAGCAAUACGGCCGCCUCCUGUUGGACGGCGAUCUGCACAUUAAGGCCCACGAGGAUCAGAAAACUAAACAGCGCUAUGCCUUCGUUUUCGACAAGAUUCUCAUAUUGGUGAAACCUCUGAACAUUAAAACUGGCGAUAUGCAGUACACGUAUCACGAUUCACACAAAUUGGCCGAUUAUCGUGUGGAGCAAAGUCACUCACGCCGGACUCUGGGCCGAGAUAAUCGCUUCAAGUAUCAGUUACUCUUUGCACGAAAAUCUGGCAAAACUGCCUUUACACUCUACCUGAAAUCGGAGCAUGAGCGUGACAAAUGGCGCAAAGCGCUCACGGACGCGAUGGAAAGUCUCGACCCACCUGGCUGUCGCAACACAGACCACAAAAUGGAAAUCUACACCUUUGAUGAGCCCACCACGUGUAAACAUUGCUGCAAAUUUCUCAAGGGACGCAUUCAUCAAGGCUAUCGCUGCAAGGUAUGCCAGAUAAAUGUGCACAAGGGCUGCAUUUCCUCGACAGGACGCUGCAAACAGAAUCCGGUUAGCAUACCACCGCCUGUAUGCGAUCGACAACUAUCCGAGUUCAACUGGUUUGUGGGAAACAUGGAUCGAGAGACGGCAGCGAAUCGCCUGGAGAAUCGACGAGUUGGCACUUAUCUGCUGCGUGUGCGUCCCCAGGGAGCGUCCUCGCCACACGAGACCAUGUACGCGUUGAGUUUAAAAACCGAUGAUCAUGUAAUCAAGCACAUGAAAAUUAAUCAGGAGAACGAUGGCGAGUCCAUGCUCUAUUGUUUGUCAUCGCGGCGUCACUUCAAGACUAUUGUUGAACUCGUUUCGUACUAUGAACGAAAUGAUUUGGGCGAGAACUUUGCUGGGCUCAACCAGUCUCUUCAGUGGCCGUUUCGCGAGGUUAUUGCCACCGCCCUUUACGAUUAUGAGCCAAAGGCAGGCAGCAAUCAACUGCAAUUGCGCACCGAUUGCCAGGUGCUGGUCAUUGGCAAGGAUGGCGAUAGCAAAGGCUGGUGGCGUGGAAAAAUUGGUGAUACGGUUGGCUACUUUCCCAAGGAGUAUGUGCAGGAGCAUCCACCAACUAGCGAUGAGCUUUGAUAUUACAAUUAUGAAGUGUAUUUUGAGCCUAAGACGGCGACGCCCACGAGCAACAGCUCCAUGGGCUUAGGCGUAGCCGUCUGUGUGGACGUGGACGUAGAGGUGCGAAGCGAAGCCAUUGCUGAAACGAAUAAUAUAGCUAAUGAGGUUGAGGAGCGUGCCGCUGCUGACAACAAUAAUUGUAGUUAGAACCACAAAAAGUAUGACAUGCCUAGCAAAAAUGUGUAGACAUUAUUGUUGGACUUGUUUAUCAAACAAAUCUUUAGUUAAAUUAAUAUUUUAUGUUUUAUAAAUCAUAUUUUAUAUUAUUUUAAUUUUUUUUUUUUAAUUUUUUGCGUUUGCUCGAAACAUUUGUGCCAACAA